CAAAACCCGAAGCAGGUUUGGAAAUCUCUUGCAGUGAACAUGGCGGCCCCAUCUCAAUAUGUCCUACCAAACGAUCUUCCCGUUGCUCUGCUGGACUGCAGUGAGGCCUUUCUAUUGUUGUCAGCGGAGGAGAAGCUGUACACCCACUAUCUGUCUCGUGCAUCAUUUUACGGGGGUUUGAUUGUCCUGUUUCAGACCUCCCCUGAAUCUCCAGCCAUAUACAUCCUGUUUAACAGACUUUUCAGGACUCAAGAGCCGGCUGAACUGCAGAGUGUUGCUCUGGGCCAGGGUCUCAAGGAGGAGGAAUACCAGGCUCUCCUAGUGUACGCCGCUGGGUUUUUUGCCAACAUGGGUAACUACAAAUCAUUUGGGGACACAAAAUUUGUGCCUAAUGUACCCCAGGAAAAACUAGAAAAGCUCAUACGUGCAAGUAAUGCUUUCCUCAAAGAUCCUGAAGGAAUGGAAUCAUUGUGGAGAACGGUUGCAGAUCAAAUGUAUUCCCUGGAGCCAGCGGAAAGGCAACUGGGAUUGGGUGACCAAGGGAUAACUACAUAUUUCUCUGGAAACUGCACUUUGGAAGAUGCUGAACUAGCUCAGAAAUUCCUGGACUCCAAGAGUCUCAGUGCUUACAACACUCGUCUGUUUAAGACUCUGGAUGAAUCUGGCAAGAGCCUGUAUGAGGUGCGGUUGGCUUCUGUCAACAGAGAAGAGAGGGCAGCUUCACCGUCGGAUAUGUCUGAGAUUCUGGGAUCAUUCGAGCAUGAAGGUCAUCAGAUCCGUGUCACGAGGGGUGAUUACUCCCCUUUGCUUCGCAGAGUAAGAGACAAUCUGGAAAAUGCCAAGGCUUAUGCAUCCAAUGACAACCAGAGACAAAUGCUAGAGGAAUAUGGGCGAAGCUUCCAGGAAGGCUCAAUCAAGGCACAUAAAGAGGGGUCUAAAUACUGGGUGCAAGACAAAGGGCCAAUAGUAGAAAGUUACAUCGGGUUCAUUGAAAGUUACAGAGACCCAUUUGGAUCUCGCGGGGAGUUUGAAGGCUUCGUGGCUGUGGUUAAUAAGUCAGUGAGCGCUCGGUUUGCUCAACUGGUCUCUGCUGCCGAAAAACUUGUUUCAUCUCUCCCGUGGCCAGCUUACUAUGAAAAAGAUUCCUUCCUUCGACCAGAUUUCACAUCUUUGGAUGUAGUGACUUUCAGUGGAAGUGGGAUCCCUGCUGGAAUUAACAUCCCAAACUAUGAUGACAUUAGGCAAACCGUUGGAUUUAAGAAUGUCUCACUAGGAAAUGUUCUCUCUGUUGGAUCUGCAACUGAAAGGGAGAAGCUGACAUUUUUGCGUGAAGAAGAUAAGGAUUUGUUUAUAAAGUUUCGCGGUCCCUCUUUUGAAGUACAGGUUGGACUUCAUGAACUACUGGGCCACGGCAGCGGCAAACUGUUUGUACAGGAUGAAAAAGGGACAUUGAACUUUGACAAAGAGACCGUCAUCAAUCCAGAGACUGGAGAGCUGGUCAAGAGUUGGUAUAAAACUGGUGAAACGUGGGACAGUAAAUUCUCAACCAUUGCUUCGUCUUAUGAAGAAUGCCGAGCGGAGUGUGUUGGUUUGUACCUCUGCAUCAAUCAGGAAGUUCUACGAAUAUUUGGACAUGAGGCUCAGGAGGCCCAAGAUGUUCUGUAUGUGAACUGGCUCAAUAUGGUGAGAGCUGGACUGAUGGGACUGGAAUAUUAUACCCCAGAGACUGGCCGUUGGCGACAGGCUCACAUGCAGGCUCGCUUUGUCAUUCUUCGUGUUCUCUUGGAGGCAGGAGAAAACUUUGUAACCAUCUCACAAACAACUGGAGCUGAUGGGCGGCCGGAUGCACAAGUGACACUGGACAGGGAAAAGAUUGUGAGCGUGGGCCAUCCAGCCAUCCGCCGCUUUUUGCUACGACUGCAGGUUUAUAAAUCGACAGCGGAUGUAGAGCGAGCCCGGAAGAUGUAUGAUGGUUAUUCCGCUGUUACAGAUGCAGAUCCUCACCGUUUUCUUACUCUUCGUGACAUUAUCAUUUUGAGGAAGGAGGAACGCAAAUCUUUUGUGCAGAUAAACACACGAAUCGUAGGUGACAGUGUUGAUAUCGUACAGUAUGACAGCAGCCCGUGUGGCCUGAUACGUUCAGUCUUGCAGAGGUUCCCUGAUGAUGAGGAAGAACUGGAGCGGGAGAUGCUUGAGCUUAGCUGUGCCGAUAGCCAUUUCUGGGGGCAACAGUGCAGAUAAUCAGUAGAAAUAAAUGGUGUAGGGAAUGGAAGUACACUCUGCAUGUGUCCAGGAGCUCAUCUAAAGCCACAGUCCAGCUUGCUGACAAUUCAUGGGUUAAUGCAGUUCUACUGUACAUUUGUAAAAGGGUCGGCUAAGAUUCUGGGAGUCACAAGUUAAAAUCAGAAAUCUCGGGAGCCUGAAAAGUACAUUUUUAGUUUUCAUAAUGGAAAAGGUAACUUUCUAUCCUGGUAGGGUGAGUAGGACACACUGCAUUGCUAAUCCAAGUGGCACAUUCAGAUCAAAUAUUGUGCAAUAAAAUCGGAUCUAAUCUUAAUUAAA